ACAUAAUUCCAACUCCAUCGACUUGCGUUCGUUUCAGUGAAUACAAAUCUUUCAUUAAUUUCCAAGUGUUUUAGACUAAAGCCCUGACUUUUGAUUAAGAUGAGGGCGCAGAAAGACUGUACUGUGUUACUAUUUUUCAACGCGAUUUAUUGGAUCCUGUUCAUAGAGUGUAGCAGAGCUAAAGUGAAUGAUAAUUACGAAUAUGGUACACCUAUUAAAAAAAGAGUAAGACGUUCAUUAGCAACAAUUUGUGUUGAAAUAAAACCUAGACACUUACAAGAGGAACCAUAUCUUUUGUGUAAAAAUGGAAAACUUCCCGGAUUUGUACAACAAGUACCAUAUACUAAAAAUAAUAAUUUCUUAAGCAACGAUCGCAACAUCAUACCCAUGCCCAAAUAUGGAGAAAAUAAAAGUAACUAUGUUGCACACCAACCUUUACUUCUCUUUCCAAAUGUGCAACUUAAUAAAGGAACCUUCGGCAUUUCGAACUUCGUUAAUAGAUAUAGUCAAUCGACUCAUUCUAAUUCGGAAAAGACUACACCUCCUUUGAAUUCCAGUCCCGUUGAUCAAAGAUUACCAACUUCGAUGCCAUUCAUAUUAAGCACAGUUAAAUACGAAGAGGACAAUGAAACACCAUCAAGACGUUAUAAUUCUAACAAUGAAUAUCUGAAAACUAGAAAAGACGACGAAGAUUGUAUUGCACAACUAUAUGACCUUAAUCAAUCAAAAAAUUUUUAUUUUAAUAACUUCGAUGCAAAGAAUUGCCUGGCUAAACUUGAUUUAGAGACUGAAAAAUCGAAUUUUAAUCCUACAAAUGAUGAUUCUGCUGACUCUUUACAAUAUUCAUUAAAUGCACCUAUCCCAAGGCCAGAGAUUGAAAUGGCUUCGCCAACCUUGGUAAAAGAAUUGCCAUUACUUUAUGACGCUACAAGUAUUGCUUCCCAACAAAUAUUUAGUGAAACCAGUAACCGAAACCAACAAUAUUCAACAGAAAGCCUUCAAUAUAAAUUACCGUAUACUAGCCUAAGGAGUCAGAGUAUAGAGAAAGGUCAAUAUGAUGAUUUACGGAAAGAAACACUAUCUGUCCCAGAAGCACCUUCGAAUCAAUAUUGUAAAGCUUGUCCACCUGAAACGGGGUUCACUUUACCACCUAUCAUUAUAACUCUACCAUGUUAUAAUCCUUCAUCUGAAGAUAAACUUUCGGACUCAUUUACUAGUUAUAGACCUCUUCCUCCAACCUACAAUAGUCCGUCAUAUGAAAAGUUUGUUUGCGAAAAUCAGUUUUUAAGACGGCCAGAAACUAGAGAAUUAGUCGGAUCCUCUUAUAACCCAUUGCUUCAUAUUUUUCAAACAAACCUGCUUCCUUAUUUCAGUAUGAUACCACGAUUAGGUGACUUACUAGGUUCAGCGCGUGUAUUAUUGCCAACGUCACAUGUCACAGACGGGAUAUUUCAAAGUACAACACCCAUCCCAGAAAUUUCGCGCUCAAAUCCAUUAACAUAUAUAUCCCAGCCAGCAAUGAUGCCAAUAAGCAAGUUCAAUAAUGAUUUACGUCCACACAUUGAGGACGACAAUGUAGCAGUACAGUUAGAUAAUAUGCAAAUAACAACACUGCCUAUGACCACAGUUUUAGCCGAGUCUUCGGAUGUUGAUUCCUUAAUAUCAAUAAAAUCAUUUGAGGAUUUGCAAAAGGGAGAUAAUUCCAAAUUACAAAGUCAAAGUGAAAUUAGAAAUUUUACAACAGCUAAACCUAACGAGAUAACGAAACCAUCUAUAACAGAAGAUUGGAAUCAAACUAGCGAAGAGUCUACUAAAAAAAUUUUGACAAUUAUUGAAAAGGCCCGACGCCUACAAAUGCGGCACAGGAUUAAUUAAAAUUGAAAAUGUCUUAAUAAUUAGCUUUGCAAAAUAGAAACUACUCAUAUUGAUACAUAUUUUGAACUAUUAAGCUUAAAAUUUUGUACAUAUAUGUAUAUAGUACUAUAUGUAGGAUGAAAUGAAUCGAAAUUAAUAAAAACUCAAUUUCGAAUUUUUUAA